AUGGCCAUGGACCUACGUGACCAACUGGAGAGCUUGGAGACAACCUGGAGUCGGGAGAGGAAAGAAUUACUGGACCGCUUUGACAGCGAGAGGGAAGAGUGGGAAAGUCAGUGGAAAGUCAUGCAGAAGAAAAUAGAAGAGCUGUACCAGGAAGUCAAGAUCAGGAGAGAAAACCACAUGAAUGAGCAGAAGGGCAUCAAGGGAAACAGGGUGCUGCAAAUUUCUCUUCCUCCCUCCGAUUCUGGAAUCCGUGCCUCGACGGAACCGAAACCCAAGCUCGGUCAGGCCAGCGACGGGAGGAAGGAAGGUUUUCCCCUGCAGGAAGGAACCCCUCUCACCCGCAAGAAACAACAGGACGGGUUUAUGGACAAACCAGGUGACAAAGGCCGACGGGAUUGUGUGGCCUGGGCUGCCUUGAAGACUUCUGAGAUGGAUCCCCAGAGCAGCACCGGAGCCCUCAACAUAGCUCUUGAGGAACUCGCCAGAGUGAGUGAGGACUUAUGCAGCUUUCAAGAGGAAAUUCGAAAGAAGUCGAGCCACAGCUGGAUGAUGCCAACCCCCAGGCCGGCGGCAGGAACCGCUACCAGGCCUCAGGGGAAUCCUGAAGCCAGCGUCGACCCUCAGACGUCACUGAUCUGCCCGAAUGCCGAAAACUGGAAACAGAGCGUGGAGCCAGCUUACGCCUACUUGCCCUGUGCCACCCCGCAUCAGGUGGAAGGUGGAUUAGGUACCCUUCCUGGGCAAGAACACCACCCUCCGCCAGCACCCCCUCCGAGGAGCACAUCCCGAAACCUGGUUGGGAUCCACUCUGAAGGCCUCCGGACCGCCGGAGGCCCAAAGAGAAACGCGGGUGGCGGCAACUACAGCGAGACCCAGGAGGCCUGGAGUGGACAGAAGGGCCAUAAUCGUUUUCUGGCUACACAGCAAGAAUCCUGUCUAAAUAAAGGGGACAUUUGGAAAGAUGCUACUCACCCCCUUCCCUUGCCUGUAGCAAAAAUAGCCGGCCACGCCGAGUGCAGCGAUGGCGUCGGGGCUAGCCUAGGGCCACAUGGCGUUCACAGGUUUGGGGAAGACGUAAACUCUGGAUUGCCGUCCCCUAGGUCGUGUCAGGAAAGCUGCUCAGAUGCGAAACUGUCAUCCUCUGAACAGGUGAUCCUGGGUCCUCACACUCCAUCCAGUUGGGGCAGGCGCUUCGGAGACUCCUUGAGCCCCCCUGGGCCCCUGGGUGACGCUGUCGGCUCCGACUGCCAUUUCGAGAAGCCCUCACGCAACGAAAAGUUGGCCGAGAAGACAGACGAGUUCAACAGGACCGUGUUUCGGACAGACAAGUGCUCCAGUUCCGGGCGGCAGGCUCAGAGGUUCAUGAAGUCGCCCGGAGAUGCCACGCCUGGCGGCACAUCCGAGGUCUGGACCGUUGACAGAGAGGAAGCGGAUCCCGGCUGUGGAAGUUCCAGUCUGGGCCCCGUGGAGAACGGACCCCAUCAGCCCCUCAAAUCCCCUCCCCCAUCGGGGGCCGCAGAGCGAGGCCAGGAGCGACCGGGAGUCGGCGGCCCCCGGCCGAGGCCUCCGGGGAGCGACUGGAGGCCGAGCGAUCUGUGCGACCGCCCGCGAUCUGCCGACCCCAGAUCUAACUACGGCGUCGUGGAAAAGCUGCUGAAAAGCUACGAGUCGUCGGUGGGCGCUGCCUGGUGCCAGGCUCCGGGCUGCCCGGAGAAGUGGGCGAGGCCUGACCCUGGAUCACCGUGGGGCAUUGUGGGCGCACGGAGCCAGGUUCUAGAAAGGCCUCAACGACAACCUGGAAGGGGAGAGGACCUGCGGAAGGAUCCUGUCAAGCAUGCUGGGCUGCUCGCCAAGCAAGGGCUAGACAGGAAAAAGCCACCAGAGGCUUGCACCCACAACAGCUACUAA